AUGGAUGGAAGAACUGAGGAGUGCAAGGUGGUGCGUCUGAAGCACCAAGUGACUACUGAAGGAGGAGGAUCGAGUGCAGUAAGAAAAGUGAAGAAGAAGGACUUUUAUGAGCUUCACAUGGAGAUGAUGGCUUCCACUGACUCGGAGCCAAUAGCAUGGAUCGAGGCAGACCAUAGUCUCCAUUCACCGGUGCACGCGGUGAUCACUACUGAACCCCCUAGGAUGGGGGGGAGAUCUCGAAUCUGGCUCGGCUCCUACUCCACUGACGUCGCCGCCGUCCGCGCCUACGACACCGUCGUCUUCUACCUCCGCGGCCUUACCACCAAGCUCAACUUCCCCGACCAAAUUGUCGCAGGCGGCGCCGCCCUCAACGACCUCUCCGCCACCUCCAUAAGGAAGAAAGCCGCCGAGGUCGGCGCCAGAGUCGACGCCCUCCACUCCACCAAUCGCCACCCCACGAAACCCUCUUGGUUUCAAGAAGAGAUCGAUCCAACAAGCAGCCCGAGCCAGAACCGGCCGAACCCGCCACUUAAUCUUGUCUCGCGUGAGCAGCUCCUCUCAUGA